AUGGAUUAGGAAAUCAGGCCAAAGCGUUAGAGCAUUUUAAAGCGACAAUCAACUUUCGAUAAGCCGAAUUACAUGGAGGAGAAAGAGAAGCAACACCAAUAAAAUUAGAAUAAUAUAUAAGAGGACUUGCAUGUCCAAAUAGAUAGUAGUGUGAAGAUCAUCACAAUUCCUGAGGUUCAUGAGGCCUAGGUGAUUCAAGAACAAGAUGAAAUUCAUUUUCCAAAGAAAGUCAAUAAUUUAAGCGAGGCCGAACUCAUUAAGUUAGCAUUAAAGUAUGAUGAUUUACCUUAUAUCUAGAAAACCUUAAAUAUGGGAGGAAGAUGA